UAGCUGUGGUGGGGGUAGAGAUUCCAAGUUCACGAGAAUCCAUUGCUGACUCCGUUUAUGAACAGCUGGGGUCAGAAAAACUGAACUCAGAUAACAGUGUUAACGUUGUGAUGACGAUGAAUGAACAUUGCUUCCGGUGAUGGUUAGAUGAGAUGCGUCACAUAUCGAAAAUAUGUACACUGAAAACAAGAAGAUGGUACCACCAGAUGGUGGUUGGGGUUGGAUCGUUGUGGCGGGAGUUAGCAUGGUCAAUCUAUGCACCAGAUCCAUAGAACAAUCAUUCGGUCUCCUCUUUGGUGACAUUUUAGAAUCAAUGGGAGUGGAAACCACUGGUUCAGCCCUAAUAAUGAGUGCACUAGACGCACUCAUCAAUUUCUCAGGACUCUUGGUGGGACCUCUUAUUCGUGCCUUUUCAUUCCGUAAGGUAUCACUUGCUGGAGCUCUUCUUUGCUCCAUUGGUUUAUCGGCUACAUCUCCUGCCAACAAUAUGGGACAUAUCUUGCUAUCAUACAGUAUUAUUAAUGGACUGGGAGUUGGCCUAGCCUCCUCGGCAACUUUUGUUGCCCUAAAUAACUACUUUGUGAAAAAAAGAGGCCAAGCAGUGGGUCUUUCUUUGGCAGGAACAGCUUUCGGUAUGAUGAUCAUGCCUCAAGCCAUCAAAUUGUUAUUAGACGCCUACGCUUUUCGUGGUGCUAUACUAGUCCUUGGAGCGUUUGCCUUGAAUGGAGUAGUCGGUUCUUGCGUGUUGCAACCUGCAGAGUGGCACUAUGUAGAAGAGCGCAAAACUGUUCAAGAUGGUAAGCUUCAUAAGGAAAUGGAAACUAUAAAAGAGACAGAAGACGAGGAAGCAGAUAUUUUCGAGGAUCAGAAUCUCCUCCAUCCCAAGAUGAAUCAAGAUAUGAUAGUGGUGAAAACAUUGGAAGACCUUGGAAAACAAUCGACAUUGAUCAGAAAAGGCACAUUCCCAAGAAAUUUUUCCACGUUGAGCUUCGUUGGGUCUAGGAAGAGAAAAGUUUCUUUGGAAUCUGUAAUGUCUAGUUAUUCCAGAUUGGAUUUCACCGGCUCCAGUCUUCAGUUGCAUUUGGAGACAAACCAUUUACCAGAUGAUAGACCUGCAGAUAAUGUUCCCCUUAGAAGAAACAUGAGCUAUCCUGGAGUGCAACCGAAAAGAAUCAGGGUUGCAGCUCCCACACCACUAUCCCUAGAAAUCAAACCUUUGAAGAAGCACAGCAUGUGGCAAAAAGUUGUUGAAUUCAUGGAUUUCGAUCUGCUCAAGGAUCCAAUAUAUUUGAACUUGGUCUUUGGACUCUCGAUGUUUUACGUUGCAGAACAGAAUUUCAAGAUGUUAACUCCGUUUUUCUUCAAGAGUAUUGGUUACGACAAACAGGAUGUGGCAACUUUUUUAUCUGUACAAGCAGCGACUGAUAUAUUGGCUAGACUUAUACUACCACCUAUAUGUGAUAGAAUGGCUGUGUCGAAAAGAACCCUUUUCAUGACUGCGAUUUUUUUUUUGGGUUUAUGCAGAUCAGUAUUGGCCAUACAGAAAGAAAAAUCAAUGAUAUUAACAUGGCUUGCAAUUGCUGGAUUUGUCAGAGGAUCGGCUCUAAUAAACUUUGCUAUUUGUAUAUCGGAAUACUCGACCCUAGAAAAAUUACCAGCAGCUUUUGGACUUCAUAAUGUCGGCAAAGGAUUAUUUGUGGUAGCUUUAGGACCCUUAUUAGGGAUUAUUCGAGACACAACAAAAAGUUUCCCAAUAUGUCUACAUUCUCAAACUGUUCUCAUAAUGCUCUGCUGUGCAGCUUGGAUUACAGAAUACAUCAUUCUAUAUAUAAAAUCUAGGAAGAAACAGAAUGAACCACCGCCUGCAGUUUCAUGACAAAUAGAAAUAUACUGUGAUGAUACCCUAAGUUUGUGAUUGGAAAUUGUGUAAAUAAUGAUUUUAAAGAAAUGAUGGAAGCAGGGUAAUCAUCUUUACAAAACUUCAUAUUUGCACAAUGAUACCUGCAAAUCUAAUGAAGAAUAUGAUGACUGGAAAAAAUCAUAUCGGCUGAAGAUAAGCUGAAGAAAGCAUUUUCUCAGAAAAUGUUGUAUCAUAUUUUGCGAGAUUUCAAUGGAAAGACAAUUUCUGUGUUCAUGAACAUUCUUAUUUGUAUCAUGACACAUAUUCAUUUGGAUUUUUCAGAUUUUUUUCUUCCUUAUUUGAUCGGAGGCAUAUACUAUAGAUACUUAAAAGAUCAAAUUUCAUCAGACAAAUUUUUCAGUAUUAUAUUUUUCAGUGAAGUAUUAUUUGUAUUUUGUUUUUCAAUUUUGUACUAACUUUUAUUUUAUCGAAUCAUGUUCAUAUCAAUAAUGAAAAACAGCAUAUUGGGCAUUAAAGCCUUUCAGAUUAUUGAUUUGCACAUAAAUGAACUGAGGAGUUUUAUCAUAAAUGAUGAAUAUUAUGUAAACAUACAAUUAUACAAAGAAAAAUAUAUUAUCCACAAAUA